AUGUUCACCCUCCUCCGUCGAACUUCCUGUCUCAAUGCUCGUUACAGCAGACAAGGGCUGGUAAGGUCCUUUCCCCAUGGGAGCUCCACGCGCACUUUCUACAACCAGAGCGUGCCCCACAGCCAAGUCCCUUUUUACAACCGACAAGAAACAGAAAGUUUAACUCGCCUAUUGAAGGGACACCCCGCUCUCACUCUCAUGCUGGGACCGCCUAACUGCGGGAAAACCGCACUGACCCGACAUGUGACAUCCCAACUCCGAGCUGAUGGAAGCCGGGAGUUCCAGCCUUUGACUGUAGAUCUCCGUUCAGUGGAUACUACUGAAACAGGUAGCUUUCUGGAGGCUUUUCUGCGGGCUGGCACUCAAAAGGCGAUGUACGAGGUCGACAGCAUGUACCCUUGCGCAAAAGCUGCUGCACAAGUUUUCGCCCAACUUGGGAACGGCCUCAAGGAAGUUAAGGAAGUUUACCCCAGCGAAAGACCCGUAAUAGUAAUUGACGAAGCACAUUAUUUCAAACGGAUGAACGACAAGGCAAUAGAUGCGUUCCUCGACUUUGCCGUUCGACACACGGUACAGGAAGCGCAGAUGCAUGUCAUAUUGACCUCCUCCGACCCGUUGUUCCAGGACUGGCUUGCGCGACGUAUCAAUCAUAUCAACUUUUCGACGCUCGUUCUUGGCGACCUGUCCCGCCAGGAGGCACACGAUUAUUUCCUGCAGGUGGUCAAAGCCCACCCACAGCUUUCAGAAGAAAAAAAAAAUCUCCUAUCAUCGUUGGAUUUUGAUAUUCCGUUCAAGAUGACGGGGGGGCGCAUGUUCUUUAUCCGGAAAUAUGUUGAUCAAGUACAUGUAUUCGGUUAUUUCGAUGAUCCUAUGGACUUCGAGCCCGUCAGUAAUGCGUACAACGCCAUGUUAGGCAGCUCAGAAACAGCUGCUACUACCUUUAAAAUUCUCAUCAAUUCACCUGGGUAUAUAUCUCAUUGUGAACUUGUGAAGAAAAUUGGCAGCAGCGUGGUCAAAGAAAUGAUUGAAAGGAACCUCAUCCAUCACCGCCCAAAGUCCAACUUCUCCCGGGAUUUAAUACCUUCUCCAACGGAACCAGUCGUAACAGCUCAAAGCCAACCCGCCCUACGAGCAAUGGAAGCCUUGCUGAUCUCAAAGUUUGGGUACAUAGACUGA